AUGCCAGUGAAUUAUUAUCAAGAGGAUUGUGAAGCAAGCAACUCCUCUUCGGGAGAAGAUUCUCAGGCAUCAGACGCUGUCGUUCUGAGCCCAAGAAAUAAGAAUGACACAAUUGCCUUAACUAAAAAAGAUGAAAUCAAUGCAUCUGGAGAAGGAUUUCUCUCAGUUCCAUCACAAGAUAACAGUGAAUCAAGAAGAGUCUUCCCUUUCUUGCAAACACCAAGUGGAAACCUGAAAGUUGGACCCAAUCAGGUUGUAUUUGAGUCCAAGAAAGUAAGCGUUUUAGUUGCUGACCCAAAACAUACUAAAGUAAAUGUAAGAGCAGAAAUUGACAACAAAACCUUCAUAGCUGGUUCUCAAGAUGAAUGUAUUCCAAUAACAUUUGGCUCUGAUAAAUUAUCUCACAAACAUACAGAUGGUGAAAUAAAUGAAUUAAUGACCAUAAAUGAACAUGCAUCACUGAAAAAUAUUGAUAAUUAUAUUGAAGGUUACAUACCAUCACAGCUCCAGAAAGAGUAUUCUCUUCAAAGUGAAAUUGAGGUAUUUAUGUCAGCUGUUCGAUGGUUGAUGCAUGACUGGGAGAGACGAAAAUUAUACCUCUGUGAUAUAAUGAAAUGUAUUCGCUUUGGUUGGAUUGCACCUUGGCAACUAGUGGAUAUUAGAAGAAAUCCUGAAAAUCCUGAAUUCAUGAGAGUUACCUCUCAGCCUGAUGUUCAGCAGUUGAUCGAAGAUGGCCUAUCGUAUGCUAUCAUUAAGUAUUGGUAUGGCAAUCAGACACAAGAUUAUUAUCAUUGGAUUGAUCUUUUAGGACUGCAAGAACCAAGUCAAAGAAACUGGAUAGAUGAAGAAAAGAACUACAUUACAUACAGAGAAUUUCUGAAUGAUUUGGAAAUAUACCAGCAAGCAGGCACCUUGGAUUCUAUGCAACUACGCAGCCAACAACUAAAUAUAAAAGCAGAUGUCUUCCCUCCACCUCCUACAGUUGCUGAAUUUAUGGCACAGAGGGUGAGUAACAAAGAUAAAUUUGGAAAAAGAAGUUGUAAUAGGCAAAAAGGCCUAAUUCUUGCUACUAUUUCUGCUGCUGCUACUGCUGCUGCUGCUGAUGAUGAUGAUGAUGAUGACAUUAAAGUCUUGCAAUAA